CUCUCUCUCUCUCUCUCUCUCUACAACCUCCAACAUUGUUGUUAACGUUGAUCCAACAAAUCUUAACCGUCCGCGGCGCCAACCCCAUUUUAUAAUUCAAAACUUUGAUUACAAUUGGCAUUUGGCAGCAAGAAGAAAAUUUUGGCACUGCCACUGGGGGUUUGAAUUCCCCAUUUCAAAUUUUCCUGCGAAGCACUCUCACAUUUUGUUGCUUAAAAAAUUCGAAAGUCUUCUUUUUUUAAGGGUUUCUGGGUUUAUUCAUUAUGGCUUGGAGGAAUCUGGGAUCCCUUUGUUCUUUUUGGAAUUUCCGGAGUAUCUUUCAGCAGAGCAGAACCACAGAAAUUGAACUGGGAACUCACACAAUCAAAUCUCAUGGAGCUGCACUUGCAAAGAAUCACAUGCAUGAUUGGCUUAUACUGCUGCUUCUUGCAGUUAUAGAGGUCAUCUUGUUCAUCAUUCAACCCUUCCACCGUUUUGUGGGAAAGGAUAUGAUGACAGACCUUAAAUAUCCCAUGAAAGGGAACACAGUGCCUGUGUGGGCUGUCCCUAUGUAUGCAGUUUUGUUGCCUAUUGCCGUUUUCGUUUUGUUCUAUGCACGUAGGAAAGAUGUCUAUGAUCUGCACCACAGCACUCUAGGCCUCUUAUUUGCUGUGCUGAUUACUGGGGUUGUCACGGAUGCAAUCAAAAAUGCAGUUGGCCGGCCUCGACCAGAUUUCUUUUGGCGAUGCUUUCCUGAUGGAAAAGAUGUUUAUGAUCAGUGGGGAGGUGUACUGUGCCAUGGUAAGGAUAGUGACAUAAAGGAAGGACAUAAGAGUUUCCCAAGUGGUCAUGCUUCAUGGUCCUUUGCAGGUUUAGGCUUUCUCUCAUUGUACUUAUGUGGAAAGAUUAAAGCAUUUGAUCGGAAAGGGCACGUGGCAAAAUUGUGCAUUGUCUUCCUUCCUCUACUUGCUGCAUCUCUUGUUGGCAUUUCUAGAGUAGAUGACUAUUGGCAUCAUUGGCAGGACGUGUUUGCCGGAGGCCUUUUAGGACUUGUUGUGGCUGCAUUUUGUUACCGGCAAUUCUUCCCUUCCCCUUUUAAUGAUGAAGGAUGGGGUCCUUAUGCAUAUUUCAAAGCUUUGGAGGAGAUGCGGAGCAAUUCACAUGCGGCCAGUCCUGUGAAUGCACUCAGUGUGCAGGUGAUGGGGGCUCAGAAUGUGACUGAACGACGUAGGCAAAAUGGGGAUCCAUUUGCAGCAUUAUCCGCAGACCGCUAUACAAGCAUUAGGCUGGAUGAAAUAGAAUCAGGGGCGAAGUGAUAUUUUUUGUACAUGUUGUUGCUUUGUUUAGGUCCGCGUAUUGCUUGCUUGGAAUAUGUAGAUACCAGUUGAAAGACAAACAGUGUAGACUAGAAGUUAGUUUUAGCACCAUAUACAGAGCUUAGUUUGAUAUUGAUAGUUCUGUGAAUCCAUUCAUGCAUGCUUUAUAUUUCUUGGAACCACAGAAUGAAGCCACGCUUGCACAAUGCCUGGUUGUGUU